UGCUGCGACUGCAGUGUGGUGUAAGAGAAAAGUGCCUUCCACAGCUCUGCCUAGAUUCGUGUGCGUCGUCAAACUUGUGGUUUGUUUCAUUCUUUCCGUUGGAGAUUUUUUACUGCUUUACGUAUUGCUUGCUUGCUUGCUGAUAAGAACUUCCAAUGACCGCUCGUUCAUACAUUCGUCCCACCGUCCGACAGUCUGUCUGUCAUUCGAAAUCCCCUUCUGUAAUAUUCAAAGUGAAACAAUUCAUUCUCCAAGAAAGAGUAAAAACAGUUCAGUUCGUUGCGUCGUUUGGUUGAUUGCGUCGUUAAUCGCCGAGAAGCCGUCGAUCAGGAGGAAGAAAAAAAAAACUAUUUUCAAUAAAACAAUUUUCAUUUAUAGAAAACUAAAGCUAAUUAAAUUGCCGGUAAAAUCCAGAUUGAAUUCUCGUUCGAAAAACAAAAAUGAUGACGAAAUUCCUUCGAAUUGUUGUUGCAGUAGCAAUUCUUCUGCUCUGCGUUAAUUCCAUUGAAUCCCGUAAAUGGGGUAUUCCAAAUAUUUGUCUACAACCUCCACCGCGCUCCGAAGGCGUAUGUACUCUGGAAAUCGAGGGCUACUACUAUGACCUGCAGAAAAAUAACUGCGAGAAAUACACAGUGGGCGGUUGCCGUCUGACCGGUGGCCAAAGUUUUGGCUCUCAACAAGAUUGCCUGGCCACCUGCAUCCAUGGAACCCGACGUCUUCAAGAUAUCCGACAUGAUUAGUUUUUGGUUUGUGGGCAGUUUAUGAAAUAAGUUUUAUUAGUUUAACAAAAUAUAAACAAAUAAAUGUGAAUCCAAAUGUUGCAGUUGUAGAGAA